AUGGAAUUGCCUUCACUAGGAAAACAAUGUGCCGAACCUACGUGUCUGCAGCUAGAUUUUCUGCCACUAAAUUGCAAAUGCGGGCAAAUUUUCUGUUCAGAUCAUUUCAAAGUCCAUACACAGAUCUGCCAGGUUUCAAAAAAUCUUACUGAAGAUGAGCUCAAACAGAUAGAAAAUGUAUUUGUAUGUUCACAUUCAAACUGCAACGAAAGGAGUGUAGUACCUUUGGUUUGUGAGAGGUGUCAUAAACAUUUCUGCAUCAAACAUAGGCAUUUAACAGGUUGUGAAGAAAAAAGUGCUGAGAAACUUGCUGCUGAGAAAGAACGAUAUGCUGCACCUGUUAGGAGGUUUAAUGAGGUCAAGGAUAUUGUAGAUAAACAGGGAAAAGCAACAGGAGUCAAGUCAAUUGCCCAAAUGAAUAGGCUAUACUUCAGUGUGUCAAAAAUAGAUGGUAAUACAGAGAAAGCAGUAGCAGUUUUUGUCUCAAAUCAGUGGUCACUAGGGAGAGCUAUUGAUAGCAUUGCUGAUGAAAUGAAGUUACAGAACAAUAAUAACAAGAGUGGUGAGAAAAAACUGAGGCUGUUUAAGAAAGAAGACAAAGAAAUACUGACACAAAACAUGUCAGUUAAUCUGAGUGCACUUUUAGAGGACAAUAUAAUUGUUGAUGGUGAUAGUCUUAUUAUUGAAUAUGUUGAUGACGAUUGUAUAAAGUUGUGA